CAAAACUCACUUUAAUCAGAGUGCUGGCCCGGAAUAGACAUUAGCUGACUGACUUUCUCACUUUUUAUUGUAUCAGUUAAAAUUCUCAAUGUGUCACUAAAAAUCGCCGGCCAGAUUGCUGAACGUACAAAAAAAAACAAGAAAAUUCAUAGUGUUAUUCAACCGCAGUAGCGAAGUGCACACACAGAGUAUCGCAAUGGCCAAGGACCAGGAAGGACAGACAUAUCAACCAUCCGCCCCGGAGUCCACCGAGGAUCAGAAGCGGGAGCAGCGUGCCCGUCUCAUCAAGGCACUGAGCCGCUUCAAGCCACGCGAUGCGAAUCCGCUGCAGUUCUACAACUGCGUCCGCGAACUGUGCAUCAUGCACAACUGCAGCAUCGACGAGGGCCUGGAACGAGCGGCGUUGACUUGGCCAGGACUCAGUAUGCAACAGCGGGAGCUAUACGAUUCGCAACGCCAUGCAGAGCUUCCGAUCCCCGUGCCACGUCACCUCAUCUACCGCGCCUUCCAGAAGGAGAGCAAGGGUCUCUGGUCCCUGGGCCGCUCGUCGGUGGGCGGCGGCAAGCAGAGCACCCGCUAUACCCUGGAAUCCUACAAGCCGCCACCCAAGCCGUCGCGCCUCAAGACGCAGCUGAAUGAGCGGCGCCCCAAGUACGAUAAUCUGCUGGAUUUGCCGCCGAAAGUGGCAGCAAUGCGUGUGCCGCCGGAGCCGAAUCGCAAGUUUUCCAGGGUAUCACCAGCUUCCGGUCGCCGGAUACGGAGUUUAACGCCACCGGCCGUUCGGCGUGUCCGUUCCAUCCGGCAAAUUCUCUCAAUGGCCAGUGUGGAUAUGAAGAAGAACGCAAGGAUGCGAAAUGCGGGCAAAUGCAAUCGAAGCAAGAAAACUGAAGCUGCGGAAGCCGGCAAAUUGCAAGCGGAUAAACUGGCAACUGGAGUUAGCAAGCUGCCCAAGAAGAAGGCGAUCAAACGCAAGGGCGUCGCCUCCAAGGCAAAGCGAUUGGCCAAGGCUGAGGAUCUGCAGACGUCGCAUAACUGGGACGAGGCCAUCGGAAGCGUGCGUCGGCGCCUCAUGAUGCACAAGCCCUUAAAGGCCAGAUCCUAACUUCAUCUAUAUACCAUAUAACUUUAUCUAUAUACCAUAUAGAUAUAUAGCCCCCGAAAAAUGGUGUCAGUAAGUGUAGUUUUUACUUGUUAAAGGAUUACUUCAUUGUCCGCAAUUGAGAGACAGACAAAAACCCCUAUUCAGAACAAAAGCAGUUAAAUUAAAAGUAUGCAUUUAUUAUUCAA